AUGAUUGCAAAAGCUGCAGCCGUUGCUGCGUUGUCAAUGAUAGCCUUCGUCCUCUUAAUCCCACCAUUCAUCUGGUAUUGUCGUUGCAGGAACACACCAGCAAUCAUGUUGAUGUUUUGGUUUCACUUUCUUAAUCUCAACACAUUCAUUAAUCUCAUGAUUUGGAGCGGAGACAACUACGAUGAAGUUUGGGACGGUAAAAUUUGGUGUGACAUUACGACCAGACUUGAAGCUGCUUCUUCGUCGGGGAAAAUUGCCGCUAUUUCAGCUAUGUCACUUAAUCUUUAUAUGAUUCUUUGUGCAAAGAGUCCAACAUUUAUAAGACCAGGUUCCAGAAAGAAGUUGAUUAUCGAUUUAAGUAUUUGUUUGAUCACGCCAAUCUUUAUCAUGUGUACCAACUAUAUCAUCUUGGCCAACAGGUACGAUAUUUUCCGUUACCAGGGAUGUACUCAAGCUUAUGUUGCUUCCGGUGUUACUAUUGGGUUGUAUUCGAUCUGGAAUAUCGUUUGGUGUGUGGUUGCUGUCAUCUUUGCUUCUUUGACAUUGUAUGAAUACUUCCAGAAGAGGAAAGAUGUUAUUGAUCUAUUGAGAUGUACUAAUUCUGGAUUGAAUAUCAAGAGAUUUGCAAGAUUACUUAUCUUUAGCUUGCUUGUUAUUUUGGCAAUGACCCCAUUAGCCAUCUACUAUUUUAUAGGGGACCUUCGUGUUUACCGAGGUAAGUUCAAUUGGAAGGAAGUUCAUAAUGAAAUGUGGGGAGAGAUUUUAUAUGCUGACUUCGGUUUCUACCUUUUGUAUGACAAAUUCGUCAAUAUCGGCUUGUCUUUUAUAACCUUCUUCUUAUUUGGACUUGGCUCUGACUCCAUUUCAACAUACAAGAGUAUACUUAGCAAAUUUGGAAUC